AUGGGCUGUAUUCAGUCUACAGCAACACGACAGUCUCCUCGUCACGAAGAUCCAGUUUUACUUGCUUCCCAAACAGCAUGUAAUUCUGUAAUUGACGAUGGGUUAAUAAAUAAGGAAGAAUUCCAAUUGGCUCUGUUCAAGAACAGGAAGAAAGAGAAUCUUUUUGCCAAUCGGAUUUUUGAUCUCUUUGAUGUGAAACGAAAAGGAGUCAUUGAUUUUGGUGACUUUGUUAGAUCACUGAAUGUUUUCCACCCAAAUGCACUACAAGAAGAUAAAAUCAACUUUUCAUUUAAGUUAUAUGAUAUGGAUGGCACAGGAUACAUUGAACGGCAAGAGGUUAAGCAAAUGUUGAUUGCACUUUUAUGUGAGUCGGAAAUGAAGUUGGCCGAUGAAACGAUUGAGAUCAUUCUGGACAAAACAUUUUUGGAAGCUGAUAUUGACCAGGAUGGAAAAAUAGAUAAAUCUGAAUGGCACAAUUUUGUGUCCCGAAAUCCUUCACUGUUGAAGAUAAUGACACUUCCAUAUUUGAGGGAUAUAACUACUACAUUUCCCAGUUUUGUAUUUAAUUCCGAGCACCUUCGAUCUUCCGGCUCCACAGCGCCUCUCCAUCUACGGCUCUGGUGGAUCAUCUUUAUCACCAAGCGGACAUUAAUUGUCGACUUACUCGCCCACCGCCUGCCGACUACUGCUGUUGCUGGAAAUAUUCUUCUCAAUGCGCAUUCACUUUCUGAUACUUCCACUGAGGCGUUCAUUGUGAGGAUUCUGAGGUCUUCUAAUCGGUCUAUCUAUAUUUCAGAUAUUAGGAUUUUCAAUGAAGUUUCCAGUGCGCACUUCUUGUUUUGCCAUCACAAGGUACAUGUUUCACAGGAUUUGGUUGAUAUCAGAGUGCCAAUGUCGCCGUACAUGAUUGUGAUUCAGAAAGCAGUGAUUGAGGUAAUGGAUGCGUGUCUAAAUGAAAUGAGGAAGAUAAACAAGGUUGACAUCGAAGAUUUGACUGUUGAGAAUGGAUUGUUGAAGUCAUUCAACAAGAUGGCAAGGAGGAAGUUGGACCCUAGUCAUACAUUGGGGAAGAAGACGAAGCAGCUUAUUUCCGAUUUAAAUACGCUGAGAAAGUUGUUGGAUUACCUUGCCAGGUCAGAUGGUGGGAAAUCCGUGGUCCCGUAUAAGAUUGCGUCCACCGGGGAGAGAAAACUAGAAAAGAGCAAGAGUGAGGAUGGUGAGUUCUAA